UUGUUCUUUAUUUCAUUUUUCUUUUCUUUUCUUUGUCCUCUCUGCUGGCCAUGUCUCAGAUCUUUGUUUCUGUCUCAAUGUCAUCUGACCUGUUUCUGCCUCUUCACCUUUAGUUUCCCCCUCUCUCUCUCUCUCUCUCUCUCUCUCCCAGAUUUGUUAAAACUCUCUCUGGAUGAUAAAACUGCACAGAAACUGUUGUGGAUUUCAGAGGGUGGGUCUAAAGUGGCUCGUACAUCUGACGCAGUCUGCCCAUAUCCGAACAGGCCUGAGAGAUAUGAACACUCACCACAGGUGCUGUGUAAGGAGGGUCUGCUGGGCUAUCGAGGGUACUGGGAGGUGGACUACGAAGGCUGGGUGGUGAUCGGGGUGGUCUGUGAGAGCACACCCCGGAAGGGCCAGGACGGGCCCUGCGGCCUCGGGGAGAACAACACCUCCUGGGGCGUCGGCUGGUCUGGCUCCUGCUACCAGGUCUGGCACAACAGUGAGAACGUGGACGUCCAGCUCCCCCGGUCCUCCACCAUGGGCAUCUACGUCGACCAGCCCGCCGGCAUCAUCAAGUUCCUCUUGGUGGAGGGAGAGGACGAGAAGGAGGUGCGGCUGAUUCACAAGUUCAAAGCCAACGUCCAGGAGAAGAUUCUCCCCGGGUUCUGGGUCGGCACGAAUUCAUACUGUCUUCUUCGGAAAAAGGAUCAGUGACAAAUUCAGAGGGUUUAACCUGCGGGGGGGGGGGGGGGGGGGGGGUCAGGUAGUGUAAAUUUAAGUUGGAAAGCUUGUGAUGUUUGGGGAACAAGUGUCAGAGUUGUAGAGCAGAACCGAAGCACAUGAUAUCUUUGCAGAUUGUGCUUGCUUUCUCUGGUGCAUGAACAAAGCUUAUUUAUUUCAUAUUAUACCCAAAGAUGCUCUGUUAUUUUAUUAACUACUGUGUGUAUAUUUAUGUAUUGUAUUCAAUGUAGAAAAUAGGCAAAGUUGUGUACGUUUAUAUUACACACAGGGCUUUGCAUGUACUUGAGUGCUUGUUUAACUUUAGAGCCAAUAUAUUUUUUAUGUGGUGAAUGUAGUCAAUAAAUUCCUAACUAUUGUGUUUAAUAACAUGGACACCACAUUACUUUUGUAUGAUGCUGCACAUUAGCUCGUUUUCUUCACUUGCACAGUAGAGCGCUGAGGUCCUCUAGAGGAUUUCAAUAAUAUUGCACAUAAUCAUACGACACGUCUUCUCUCUCUCUC